AUGUCGUCCACGACGACGAAGACCAGCACGAAAUGGUCUGUCGAAUACGACACGGUCCGACGGCACAAACUCUUCAGGAACACGCCCAAGGACCGCAGCGCCUUCCCGGCCCUUCAGGCUGCAGUCAAGCCGCAUAUUGAGUCAUUCAACGCACUAUGGGACGAAAAGCUGCUUGACGCUGGAUUGAAGGACAUUGGAAUCUACACCAUUGUGGAUGGAGACCUGCGCAAUCCAAGCAAGACAAUCCACCGGAACAAGCUCGAUCUCAGAGUGACCGAGGUCAUGCUCGACAAGGCCGUGCUGCCGCCGUCCAACAAAUUCAGCAUUCAGGACCGAAACAUCUACCCGGCCGAGUGCCGAGAACGACACGCCACUUAUCGAGGGAAGCUAAGACUCAGGCUACAAUACAGAAUCAAUAAUGGAGACUGGAAGGAGUCCGUUCGGGAUGUUGGCCAGAUGCCCAUCAUGCUGCGUUCAAACAGGUGUCAUCUGGAAAAGUUCUCGCCUGCAGAGAUGGUGCGGCAUAAAGAGGAAUCGGAGGAAUUGGGUGGCUACUUCAUCGUGAACGGAAACGAAAAGCUCAUACGCAUGUUGAUCGCUUCCCGGCGAAACUAUCCAAUGGCCAUUGCUCGUAAUGCUUUCACCGCACGAGGCCCGACGUUCUCGAAAUUCGGCAUUCAGAUCCGUUCGGUCCGACCCGAUCAAACUUCGCAGACCAAUGUUCUUCAUUAUUUGACCGAUGGAAAUGUCACUUUCCGAUUCUCGUGGCGGAAAAACGAAUACCUCGUGCCUGUGGUUAUGAUCCUCAAGGCAUUGGUCGAGACCAACGACCGCGAGAUCGCCGAAGGCAUCAUCGGCACUGCAUCCGGCUCCACUACACCAAGCUCGUUUGUGUCUGAUCGGACCGAACUUCUUCUGCGAACAUACAAAGCAUACAACCUGAAGACGAGGGCUCAGACAUUGGCUUAUCUGGGUGACAAGUUCCGGCCUGUGCUAGGCAAUCCGAUCACCAUGCCGGACGAGAAAGUGGGCGAGGAUUUCUUGCGGAAGAUUGUCCUGCCACAUCUCGGCAAUGUGGACGUGACUCCCGCUCAAAAUAACGACAAAUUCCAGCUGAUUCUCUACAUGAUUAGGAAAUUAUAUGCUUUGGCCGCCGGUGACUGUACUCUUGACAACCCUGAUGCCGUGUCCAAUCAGGAGAUCUUGCUGGGAGGCUUCCUCUAUGGAAUGAUCUUGAAAGAAAGCAUAUAUGACUGGCUUGUGAGCAUUGGAGGAGCUGCUCGAGAGUGGAUCAGGAUGAAGAACGGUGCCACGUUCGCCGAUCCGAGCUUUGAUACCGAUUUUCUGCCCAAGGUCGUGCGGAGGACGAAUGAGAACCUGGCUGGUAGACUCGAAUAUUUCUUGUCGACUGGAAACCUGGUCAGUCAAACUGGCCUCGAUCUCUCGCAGACAUCCGGCUUUACGAUCGUGGCCGAAAAGAUCAACUUUUACCGAUUCAUCAGUCAUUUCAGAUGCAUCCAUAGAGGUACAUUCUUUGCACAGCUCAAGACGACCACGGUGCGAAAGUUGUUACCGGAAAGCUGGGGCUUUCUUUGCCCCGUUCACACACCGGAUGGUUCGCCGUGUGGGCUUUUGAAUCAUCUUGCGCAUCAAUGUAUGGUUCAAAUCAAAAGAAUAGAUACCACAGGCGUCGAAAAGGCCAUCAGUCAAUUUGGGCUUUCGCCCGUGCCUGCUAUGGACGUCAAGAACAGCCUGUCGGUUCAACUGGACGGUCGAAUACUCGGCUAUUGUCCGGUGAAGCGGGCGCAAGAGAUCUCGCAACUUUUGCGGCAUUGGAAGGUCAACGGCGAGCACGGCAUCCCUACCGAGCUCGAAAUCGGCUUUGUUCCUACCUCCAACGGAGGCCUCUAUCCUGGCCUUUACCUCUUCACGGACCCAUCUCGCAUGCUCCGGCCAGUGAAAUAUAUUGCGUCAGACAAACUCGACUACGUUGGACCCUUCGAACAGCAAUACAUGAAUAUUGCCUGCGUGGACGCCGACAUCAUCCCGAACCUGACGACACAUAUCGAGUACAAGCCGACCAACAUCCUAUCCAUCUUGGCCAACAUGACGCCGUUUUCCGACUUCAACCAAUCCCCCCGAAACAUGUACCAGUGCCAGAUGAGCAAGCAAGCGAUGGGCACCCCGUCCAGCAACAUGAUGUGUCGGACGGACAACAAAGCAUAUCUCCUGCAGACAGGACAGACACCCGUGGUGCGGCCACCGCUGUACAAUGAGUACGGACUGGACAAUUUCCCCAACGGGAUGAACGCGGUCGUGGCGGUGAUUUCAUACACAGGGUACGACAUGGACGACGCCAUGAUCAUCAACAAAUCAGCACACGAGCGUGGCUUCGGCGACGGAGUCAUCUACAAGACCAAAGUGUACGAAUUGAACGAAAAGUCACGAUCGAGCCGCUCCAAGACUGAAAUCAAGUCACUCUUCGGAUUUGCCGAAGGAGACCCCAACAUUUCCGAGACCGUACUCCAAACCCUCGAUCCAGACGGGUUACCUGCCGUGGGGACGAAAGUCAGCGAAGGGUCGGUGGUUCUAGCAUACCACAGCGUCAUGUUUGACCCGUCGGAAGGCAAACUGAAAAACCUGGACGGUAACACAAAGUACUUCAAGUACAAGGACGCGGAAGAAGCAUACAUCGACCAGAUCCGAUUGAUUGGAACCGAGACGGGAGACCAGCCCUGCCAGGCAAUCAGCAUCAAAUACCGGAUUCCGCGACGACCCAUCAUCGGCGACAAGUUUUCAUCACGACACGGGCAGAAGGGUGUAUGUUCGAUGCUGUGGCCCAGUCAAGACAUGCCGUUCAGCGAGAGCGGGAUCCAGCCCGACGUCAUCAUCAACCCGCACGCAUUUCCCUCCCGAAUGACAAUCGGCAUGUUCGUCGAGUCGCUGGCCGGGAAAUCGGGCGCCCUGCAUGGUCUCGCGCAGGACUGUACGCCCUUUUCCUUUGACGAGGACCACACGGCGGGCGAUUUCUUCGGCGAGCAGCUCCGGCAGGCAGGCUACAAUUUCUACGGCAAUGAGCCGCUGUACAGCGGGGUUACGGGCAAAGAAUUCGCCGCCGACAUAUACAUCGGCGUCGUCUACUAUCAGCGUUUGCGACAUAUGGUCAGCGACAAGUUCCAGGUCCGGACCACGGGUCCCGUCAACGCCUUGCACGGCCAGCCCAUCAAGGGCCGUAGCAAAGGCGGUGGUAUCCGUGUCGGCGAAAUGGAGCGCGACUCCCUCAUCGCCCACGGCUGCGCUUAUUUGCUGCAGGACCGUCUUAUGGAUUGCUCCGACAAGCAACGUGCUUGGGUCUGUCGCUCCUGCGGUUCUUUCUUGUCCACCAUGAUGGUCCCCAACCAGUUUGCUCUCGCCGGUGGUAACAGCAACAAACCCCGCGCCGCCCAACGUGUCGAUCCCAGUGGCAUGGUCCGGUGUCGUGCCUGUGCCCGUCCUGCCACCUUUGAUGAUCCCAAAUUGUCGGUCUGGGAGGACGGCGCGGGUCGCAAGUUUGUCGGCGGUGAUAACACUACCGUCGUCAAUGUCCCUGGUGUUUUGAGGUAUCUAGAUGUCGAACUCGCUGCCAUGGGCGUCAGGACCACUUUCCAGAUCGAGGGCUAA